GAAGAAUACGCUUGAAAUAUGAUACAGGAUAUCUCUGUAAGUGGAGUGAAGUACAGCUGCCUUUCUAGGAUCUUCCUUUAUACUGAACUUCAAGUAUUGAAACAAUAUGUUUAGCCCAUGAAAUAUAUAAUUGUCUAAAAGCUUUCCUUUGUCACUCUUUUCUGGCUUUAAGCUGUAAAGUGCAGAAAUUUGCUCCAGUACAGUAUGUGAAGUCCUGCAUUUUAUAUACAAAGUAAUCUAGGACACUUGACAGUUUUUUUAGUUUUAAUUCUGAGUACUUUAAACUGUGGCAUCUUAAGCACUAACUUUUCUAUGACUGCAAAUCUCUGAAAGGUCUUGCAGCUGCAGGUUGUAAGAUGGCCUCUAAACAUACUGUUCUAAUUAUCUUAACUAUUUAGCAGCUAAAUUAGCAUUCCAGUGUCCACAGAACUCAAGAAUUGAAGUAUUGAAUGGGCUCAUUUAAAAUGUACUAUAGAACAAAAGAGGUUGAAAUGGCACAGGCUUGUGUCAGAAUUCUACAGUUCAACAUCUUUUGUUCUAUAGAACAUAUGUGCGCUAAAUAUUUUGGAAUCCAUUUGAACCUUUUAUUCAUUUGAACCUCCUUAUUAAGAGACAUUCGUAUUAGUGUACCUAAUUAAGAAAGAUACCCAUUUGUAAAGGCUGUAACCAAGAUAAUCACAAAUGAAAAAGUUACCAGUAGACUUAGAUAUUUUUUAAUUGAAGAAAUUAUUUAAUCUCAUCACUUAGGUUACACUUCUGAAGUUCGUUUAAACUAAUCAAAACAUUUUCUGUUUGUCAUAGAUUUGUUACUGAACUUGUUUUUAUGUCAUGUAUUGGGUAGCCUUUUAUCUGCAGAACUUACAUCACUUACUUAGGGGUUCAACCUCACUAACACUUUGCUUUGUCUUUCCCUUACCUGGUCCGUUAUUUUAGUGUUGAACUGUAAAUUCUGUCUUUCUGCUUAUUUGUAUAUUGCCAUUCUUUACAUAACUGAAAGCUUUCACAGGUUUGAGAAUUGUCCUUUAAAAGUUACAUUCUUAUGAGACUAAAUUUAAAUGUGCAACUACAGAAGUUUGGAUACUCUAAUGUUUUAAGAGUUCAUUUUUUAAUGAGUAUAAAACUGAAUGCAGACAGUUACUGUGUUUUGUACCUUCUUUGAAUUUUACCAUAUCUGAUUUUAGUGGUUGUAUAUUGCUUUUCCAGUGACACCAAUAAUAUACCAGAGAUCAGUGUUCUAGGAUGUUUAUAGUUUUUCCAUAUUACAGUGAUCUUUAGGAAUAUGCAGAUUUAUCGACCCCUAGUGGGGUUGUUGGGAAAUGGUUGCUAAUUUAAUAAGUGCUAAAUGAAAAAUUUGCGUAUUUUUCAAUGCUGUAUUUGUUUCAAUGCUCUUUUCCUUCUCUUUACAGCUGGAUUAGCUCUCGAUUUUUUUUCUGGCAUUCUCUACAUCUGCAGAAGUACCUAUUGCAGCAACUUCUAUUAGCAAAACACUCCCAAAACAUGUAGCUAGACAUCAGCAUUUUAAUGAACACUUGUAGCUGUAGCUGCAUAUUUUAAAAUUAUAUUUGUAAUUAUAUAGCAGAAAUUUAAAAAAAGAGGUCUUUUGUGCCAUGUAAGGUGGGCUUAUUUUAAAGUAGCUAGAAAAGCUACUUCUUGAGUCAUGUGAUACUACUUAAAUGAAUUAAAGGAAAUUCUAAAUCACCUACUCAAAUUUGACUGACCUCUUAGUGCUUAUUAAAUGAUUGUAAUUUAUUAGUAGUAACCUGAAUGCUUCAGUUUCUUAAACCAAUCACUUAAUAUAGUAGUUGUAAAACAGCAUGUAAAAUAUUGCAUUACUAGCAGACUUUAAUUUUAAAUGGGUCUAGUGUUUUUAAUCAUUUAGUUGAAACUAUAAUUUUCUGGGAGAUGAAAUUAUCUCCUAACUGUGCUAUGAAAGUUUCUUACAGGCAUUUUUUUCACAUAAAUUACUAUCAAAGUACUGAAUAAUGAAUUCACAUACAACUGUUUAAUUAGCAAUAAUAAAUGAAGAUAAAUAGCUCAAUAAUUAAACUUAAUUUUAACUUCACUAUAAUGUGUUUCCAAAUAUCAGAAUCAGAAACUAGGGAGUACUGUAAUUUAUUUUUCUAUGCAAGUUUGACACAAGAAAUAAAUAUUAAAUAUUUUUAAAAUAACUUCCUUUUUUUUUAGAUUUUGUACAUUUAUUUUUGUAGGCUUUAAGUAGUAAAGCAGUGUUUUUACCAGUUAAACUAUGAAAUGCUCCUUUGAAUUUUAGGUAUUUUUAAAGUUGUUAAGAGAAAGUCAAAUUUUUUUUUUGCAUUUGCUGAUAUUUAUUAUUGUGCUUAUUGCAUAAGCCACAUUAUUUAAAGUCAAACUUGCACAGCAGUCGAAAAUGUCAAAAAGACCUCAGAUUCAUGUUUUUGUGGGAGCACCCCGUAUUCCAGGCCCACUGGAGGUGUUAGAGCAAAGUAGUUCAGCCCCUACUGCUGAAAAAUGGAGAGAGCUGCACUAUUUGUGUGAUGCACAUGGUCUUUUUUCUGAAAAAGUCCAAGGUGCUGCUGACCCCUCAGUGUUCCAGGCAGGAAACUCCGUAGUCAGAGCAGUUCCUACAAGGGAUGGCAGCGCUCAGCAGUCUGAACAGGGAAGGUCAGUGGCAGCAAAAGAAUGUUUGACAUCUCUUGUACCCAUGGCAGUAAGUUGUGCCAGCACACCUGAAGAGACCAAAAGUUUCGCUUCUUCUGAUUGUCAGAUAUCUAAAGAUAGAUACACACCUGCAAAUGUAAAUCAGGCUGCAGAUCAACACCUUCCACAGAACUUUACAGAAUCAGCUGGACAAGACGAACCAUCACGUAGCUGCUGUUCAGACCUCACGGAGAGAAAAGCCGGUGGUUCGGAGAUGAACGGUGCUGACAUUUCCCAGUUGGUUGCCAGUACGAAGCAGAUCAGCAUAAAUCUGUCUGUGGGACUGCAGUCAGGUGACAGAAGUGAUCAUCAUGAACAUCUAGGUCAAUAUCUGGAUAUGGUUUUCCAAAAAAGUCAAGAGUCAAAACCAAAAGAACCAAACGAUUGUUCAAACUUAGCAGUGUCAACAGACACGGAAUUUCGUAGUGUAGUGACAUCAAGUCAGAUGGCUGUUCUUGCACAGGAGCGGAGUGAGAUGCUGGAAAGAAUCAUAGAACUGUCAGAAACAGAAGCAGGCAAAAAACCUGAAGAAAGGCAGUAUGAUCACUUGCUAUUUGAUUCUGGUGUUGGAACGUGUACUAAUGUGGCUGAAAAUGAAUAUAAGGAAGUGUAUACAAACUCUCUUGAUCUUUUCAGUUCUGAGGAUGAUGGGAAAAAUGUUAGUUUUGACGCUACAAAACAAGAAGGAAGUGCUCAGGAAAACACAGGGAAAUUACAAGAAAUUGAAGUUCCUGCUGAGCACUUGGUAAAUGAAAUCCAUAUUGAACCAUUGAACUCUGGGAUAUUGUGCUCUCAAGUGGACUGUUCUCAUAAGAACUCCUCUAAAAGACCCCGCAAGUGUGAAGAUUCCUUUCAUCUUUUUCACUCAGCAUUUAAAAGGCAACUGGUAUCCAAGAGAGCUAAAUUGAAUUCUUCUCCACCUGGUCCUGGUACUAGAGUGGAUCAAGAGAAGAUGACAGAGUUCAAGAAACUUCAGAAGAAACUAUCAUCACUUAAGAAUUGCUGCUGCAAAAAUCAAAAGUACAAUAUUUUGGUCACAGUAGUACAUCCUUGUCAUAUCAAAGAAAUACAAGUAAAGACUAGACCAAAAUCUCCAUGUAAAGUUCCUGUAGCAACAAUUGUUGUUAUUGACCAGUCAGAAACUGAGAGAAAGGUGGUGCUGUGGCGUGGUGCUGCAUUUUGGUCCCUCACUGUGUUUCCUGGGGAUGUUGUACUGCUUACAGAUGUAAUAAUGUAUGAGAAUCUUUGGUGUGGAGAAAUCAUGCUUCAAUCUACAUUUACCAGUCAGUUACUGAAUCUGGGGAACUGCUCAACUCUCAAUCCAGAAGAAUUUUAUCCUGUAGUGGAUUGUGAUGUUCUCCGUGGCUUAUUGGCGUACAUAUCAUCAGAAUUUCCACACUUCAGAGACAUUCCACGAAGACAAGUUCAGAGACUGGAUAGUGUUCAGUAUAUGCAGCUAGAUGAGCUCCAGCCAAACACAUUGGUGCACUCAAUCCUGAAAAUUAUCGACAUUGCUGUAUUAACAGAAUCUGUGUAUAGCUACAAAGGUGGCAGGCAAAUAAAAAUUAUUCUAACAGUAGAACAGAACAGAGAUCAACGCUAUAGGAUGGUUCUGUGGGGAGCAGGGGCUGCCUGGUGCCCUCAGCUUCAAAGGAAAAAAGAUCACAUAUGGGACUUCAAAUACCUUCUGGUCCAACGUAGUUCUGUCUCAGGUGACUUGGAACUGCACACAACUCCAUGGUCAUCCUGUGAGUGCUUGUUUGAUGAUGACAAAAGGGCAAUUGAAUUUAAAGAAAAGUUUCAGAAAAGCCAAACAUCCCUCAUGCAGUUGACAAAGCUCUCUGCACACUUGGAGGAAAAAUGCUCAGGAGUGAUUCAAGUGAAAGCCCAUAUCUUAGAAUUGAAGUUUACCAUUUCAACUGGUCAGUACAAGCAACUCAUCUUCUGUGCUGACACUUCACUGGAAUGUGUUUUGGCUUCUCUGCCUAUGAUUACAUAUUCAGGUUGUGCCAAAUGUGGUUUGGAACUGCAGGCAGAUGAGAACAUGAUCUACAAGCAAUGUAUUAGAUGUUUGCCAUACAACAAAGUAAAAACAUUCUACAGACCUGCUUUGAUGACAGUAGAAGAUGAAGGAUAUGAAAUUUAUGUUCAUGUCGUGUCUGAGUUGAUGGAAAAAAUCUUCCUCAAUAUUCCUGCAGACUGGCUGAACAGAUUACUAGUGCCCUCCUCAGAUAUAACCUACAGCACAGUAGUAGCAGAUCUGUGUCAUUCGCUGCUGACAGAUACAGAAGCAUCCUAUUUGUUGGAAAUCAGGAGCCAUUUUGUGCUAGAUGAGAACAGCUACCCUUUGCAAAAGGAUUUCCAUCUGCUAAAUUUUCAUCCUGAUCUUUGAAGUAUUGACCUCUGCAGUAACUGAGUAAUAAAGACCGUAAGAACACACAGAUGGUAAUCAGAAGAAACAUGAGUUAGGUGAAGGAAGCAAAUAUCUUAAAAAAGUUACAAUAAAGGACUUUAGUCUUAACUUACGAAAAAAGCAAAACCACCUAAAGGACUGAUAUGGAAUAUGUGCUAAUAGUAUAUACUGCUGCUGUAAUAUUGGUGAAUUGUCAUAAAGUAUAUUUUUAUACCUGUAUUUUUAUCUUAAUAAACUCUUCCUGG